CAAUGCAGAACCUUCUGAGAAAAGACUUCGCUUGAACAGCUUUGUGGCAGAUUUUGGAAGACCUCUGGAGUCAGAGAGGGUCUUUUCUCGUCAAAUAGCUGAAGAAUCUCAGUCACUUUUCCAUUUCUGUAUUAAUGAAGUGGAACAUUUGGACAAAGCAAAACAAAGUCAGAAAGGUCCAGGGCUGGCGAGUCAUAUCCACUUCCAGGAAGUUCCCAGGACCAGUGGAACAUUUGAGGAGGACCUAAAUUGUCUUACAAAAUUUAACAUUCCGAACUUUGUGAACACUGAGCAGAACUCUUCACUAGGUGAGGAUGAUCUCCUCAUCUCAGAGCCACCAAUCAUCUUAGAGAGCAGAUCAGUCAUGCAGUCGUCCAGUCGGAUCCUUGACUGA